AUGUCGAUGGACAAAGCAAUUUGUGAAGAAGCAUCGUACAACACUGCAUAUGAUGAUCAUGAUCAGUAUAAUUCUUGCGACGUUACUGUUCCAUCACUUAGUGAAGAUGACACACAACAUGUGGAUAAAGAAAUUUGUGUGUUACCCGAUCACACUGGAAUUUCAAUAGAUGAAAUUUCGUAUGUAGGAUUGAGAUUUAUUUCCUUGCAGCGGGCACAAGAGUUUUAUUAUAAUUACAAAAAGAAAGUUGGCUUCGUGACUAGGAUUAGGAAUACCAACUUUGACAAUACCAGGGAGGAUUCAAAGAUACCCAUUAACCAAUCAUUACACUGUAGUCGUGAAGGUUAUCGGGAGUCUCGAGUGAAAGUAGCAACUCGGGUAAAGAGAAUAACAAUAGUCGGAUGCGAAGUAAGGAUGUACGUGAUGCUUGAUAGGCAGAAUGAUAAUUGGAUGGUCUCCAAACUAGAACUGAAGCACACCCACCCGUGUUCUGCCAAGCAAGCUGUGUAUUACACUGAGUACAGGGAACUGACCAUGCAUGCCAAGUGUGUGAUUCAGAACAACGAUGAGGCUGUCAUACGGCCCAACAAGACUUAUCUCGCACUGGCAAAUGAGGUUGGUGGCUCGUCGAAUUUGGGUUACUCAGAAAAGGAUGUGAGGAAUUACAUUAUGAGCAAUCUGCGCUGUGCUGACGGAAACACAGAUGUGAAGGAAAUGAUUAGCUAUUUCAUGCGAAUGAAAGAUAUCAACCCGAAUUUGUUUUAUGCAGUGGAUGUAGACGAAGCUAACAAGUUUAAAAGUGCACUCUGGGUAGAUACAGGAUGCAGGGCUUCCUAUGAAUAUUAUGGUGACGUGGUAUCGUUUGAUAUAACGUAUAGUAAAAACAAGCACGGACUUCCAUUUGCAUCUUUUGUUGGUGUCAACCAUCACAGCAAGUCCACUCUACUCAGAUGUACUUUGCUGGGAAAUGAGGAAAUUCGUAGCUUCGAGUAG